CACUGUAAUAAUAAAUCUUAUGUUUUUAAUCUGUGACGUGUUCUCCCAGGAAGGAAUCAGGAGCUUGACUGAGGACGGAUAUGAAGUUGUCUAUAAUAAGGACCUGGCAGGAGAUGGGCUAGUGGAGGAGGUCAGGAGUCUACAGCCUGAAGUGCUGGUGGUCAGAUCGACGAAGGUUACUAAGGGCGUCAUAGAUGCCAGUUCUAAUUUGAAAGUUAUCAUACGGGCGGGAGCUGGGACUGAUACUAUUGAUGUGGAAUAUGCUACAACUCAAGGGAUCUAUGUGGCUAACUGCCCGGGUAAAAAUGCUACAGCUGUAGCAGAGCUAGCUAUGGGGCUCAUUAUUAGUAUUGAUAGAAGACUUGCAGAGAACUACUUGUUCCAAAAGCAAGGUAAAUGGAGGAAAGGAAUCUUUGCUAAAUGUUUGGGCCUUAAAGGAAGAACACUUGGGCUCAUUGGAUUCGGGAAUAUCUCUCAGAAGGUUGCACAGAGAGCACUAGCUUUUGAAAUGAAAGUUGUGGCUUAUGAUGUGAUUCAGAAAGAUACAGAAGGAGUUCAGUUCGUUUCCUCUAUCGAUGAAGUUCUUGAAAUUGCAGAUAUCGUAUCACUCCAUGUGCCUAAUCUUCCAACCACUAAGGGAAUGGUGAAUGCUGAGUUCCUCAACAAAAUGAAGGACAACGCUGUGCUGAUCAACACAGCUAGAGGAGAGCUCAUAAAUGAAGAAGAUCUUGCUGUUCACCUCGAAACCAAUGAGAAUUUUUGGUAUGGAACAGAUGUUUUAAAAGGAGAACCAAGCUCUAAAGAAUGUGACUGGGAGCAUCCUUUAGCUCUUCACCCAAGAGUAUAUGGCUCUCACCACAUUGGAGCUUCUACGAAGCAAGCUGAGGCUGAGAUAGGAGAAGAAGUUGUCAGAAUUGGCAAGAAAUUUAAAGAGAUCGGAAUCAUAGAUGACAUAAAUCACGUUAAUAAGUCAAUGCUGAAGAAAAAUUAUACUCUCGUCAUAAGGGCCAAAAAUGGAACUAAAUCUUUAGCAGAUAUCUACACCACUCUAGAAGACAACCAAUGGGAUAUCGAGAAGACCGAGUCAACCCCUUGUAAGAGUGAAGGCCUCUUCCUACUUAAAAUUCUUGGCGACGGGCCAAGAAACAUCGAAGAGAAACUCUCCUCAUUCGAAUCAAUCGAGGAGGUUUCAUUUGAAUAA